AUGGUUGGUUGGGGUUUGGAGGUGAAGAUAGGGGUUUGGAAUUGGGAGGUGGGGGAGGGGGGGUAUGAGGGAUUGUUGAAUGUGAGAGGAUGGGAAGUUGUGGAUGGUGGUUGUUUGGGUGAUUGUUGUUUGGGUAAUGGGAUAUGUGAGGGGGAGGGGGAGAAGAUGGUAGUGUUAAGGGGGUUUGGUUUUUGUUGGGGUGGGAAGGGGUGGGGAGGAUGUGUUUUGGGGGAGAGAUUUGGGAUGGUUGGGAUGGAUAAGAAUGAGGGAAGAAUGGGUGGGUGGUGGGGUUGGUGGAGGGGGUAUUGUGGGAGGGGGUGGAUGGUGAUGGGUUUGGGUUAUUGUUGGAGGGAUGGUUGGGGGGGGGAGGGGGGGGGGGGGGGGGGAAGUAGGGGGGUAGGGGAGCGGAAGGGGGGGGGGUGA